UUCGGGUUCCUGUCGCGUGCGGCGGCGGAGGCGGCGGCAUGGAGCGGGACUCCGGCCCUGAGGGCGUGCGCCGGGCGCUGGGCCGCCUGCUGGAGGCGGUGCUGGCGAGCCGCGGCGAGGCCAACGCGGUGUUCGACAUCCUGGCGGUGCUGCAGUCCGAGGAUCACGAGGAGACCCAGGAGGCGGUGCGCGCGUGCAGCCGUCUUUUCGGGGCCCUGCUGGAGCGGGGAGAGCUGUUUGUGGGUCCGCUGCCCUCCGAGGACUCAGUCAUGGCAGGCUCUCAGGGAGCUACACGCAAGUACAAGGUUUGGAUGCGGCAUCGCUACCGCAGCUGCCUCAACCGCCUCCAGGAGCUCCUGGUUCACUCCUCCUUCGAGGUCAAGGAGCUGGCUCUCAGCACACUCAUGAAGUUUGUGCAGCUGGAAGGAGCUCACCCCCUGGAGAAACCGAAGUGGGACGGCUACUACCUGUUCCCUCGCCAGCUCUUCAAGGCGGUGGUAGAAGGUCUGCUCUCUCUGGAGGAUGACUGCUCACUGCUCCUGGCCCGGUUCCGGGAGUACCUGGAGCAUGACGACAUCCGCUACCACACGAUGCAGGCCGCCACGGACACUGUGGGCCGUGUCACUGACAGGCACCCAGAGGUGCCGCUCACAUUCUGGAACAACGCCUUCACGCUGUUGUCGUCUGUGAGUCUCCCCAGCCAGGAGCGUGGGAUCUCCAGCUUCUACGUGAAGCACGGGGAGCUGCCGCGCACAUGGAAGGUCGUUCAUCUGAAGGAACACAGGAAGGCUUUCCAGGGGAUGUGGCUCGGCUUUCUCAAACAUAAGCUGCCCCUCAGUCUCUGCAAGAAGGUGCUGGUAGUCCUACACGACUCCAUCCUGCCACACCUGGCCCAGCCCAGCCUCAUGAUCGACUUCCUUACCCGUGCCUACGACGUGGGGGGAGCCAUUAGUCUUUUGGCCUUGAAUGGACUUUUCAUCCUGAUUCAUCAGCACAACCUCGAGUACCCCGAUUUCUACCGGAAGCUCUACGGUCUCCUGGACCCGUCCGUCUUUCACGUGAAGUACCGGGCCCGGUUUUUCCACUUGGCCGAUCUCUUCCUGUCGUCCUCCCAUCUGCCCGCCUAUCUGGUGGCUGCCUUCGCUAAGCGCUUGUCCCGCCUGGCCCUAACGGCGCCCCCUGAGGCCCUGCUCAUGGUCCUGCCCUUCAUCUGCAACCUGCUGCGCCGGCACCCUGCCUGCCGCGUCCUCGUGCACCGCCCCCUGGGCUCUGAGCUGGAUGCUGACCCCUAUGACCCCGAAGAGGAGGACCCUGCCAAGAGCCAAGCUCUGGAGAGUUCGCUGUGGGAGCUGCAGGCUCUCCAGCGGCAUUACCACCCUGAGGUGUCCCAGGCUGCCAGCGUCAUCAACCAGGCGCUGUCUGUGCCCGAGGUCAGCAUUGCCCCGCUGCUGGAGCUCACAGCAUUCGACGUGUUCGAGCGGGACCUGAAGAAGAAGGGCCAGGGGUCCGUACCGCUGGAGUUCAUCCCCGCUCAGGGUCUGCUGGGCCGGCAGGACGACUUCUGCGCGCAGCACUUCACACUCAGCUGACCCCGUGGCCUCCCCACCCCCCGCCCCAUCAGUGGUUUCGUGGGAGAGCCAACAGGGUGGACUGUGGGCAGUGAGGGGUCUGGGGAGGCGCUGAACCUGUCUCCUGGCUCCUGUGGCGGCCGUGUCCACGGGCCGAUGUCGAUGCCACAGUGCCGGCCUGCUGUGUGCCCCGGCAGCUCCCUCUCCCCGCUGCCACUGGAAGGUGUUGUCCAGGGGCCUCUCCCUUCACCAAAGCCUUUUGGGGGGCAGGCUGGGUGCUGGGGGGGGAUGGGCCUACAGAAGUGGCUUCUGCCAGCCCUGCCAGCUUUCCUGGGCACCCCAGACUCCUUGGGACCCCUUGUAUCCUGGAAGGGUCUGGGUCAGGAAAGGUCCUCUGCCUUUCCACUGGAGUUGGACUUUGUGACCCAGGAGCGACAGUGAGGGAUCUCUGUCCUGCUUAGUCUUGGGGCGCACAGGGAGCGCUCAUGCCCGUUCCUGGCCAGGUCCUGAGGAGGACCCCUUUGUCCCCUGAUCCCCGGGUCCCAGGGUGUGUGUCCCCCAUCAGAGGGAGUUACAGCUGAAGGCCGCUUACCGUUCCAUCCUGUCCCCCAGCAGAGUGGGUGCCGGCAGCCAUGGGCCAGCCAAUUAUUUUGGUCCGGUGUGUUCCUUUGAGGCCCCAUUUUUGUCAGGCGAGCCUGUUUGAAUGCAGGUUCCUCUGGAAAACCCGCUUGUCUGGGGACGGAGGAAUUCCGGUGUGACAGCAGCUUGUGUGAGCUAUGGGGCCUGGCGGAGGCACAGGUGGGGGUGGGAGACCCUGGUUGCCUGCAGCUUCCUGUCUGAGUUCCCGGCACAGCCCCUCCCCACAGGAGCGCCCUGGGGUCACAGUGGGCCAUUGUUUGGCCGGGUUGGCCUCUAGGGAGCUGCUCCGGUGGCCGAGGACCUGGUGUGCCUGGUGUGGGCUUUGAGGGGGUGGUGAAGGGGUGCUUCACCUCUGUAUAGGGUUGUGCAAGUUAGGGACGUUAGCACUCCUGUCUCCAGCUGUACUGCAGGGCUCCGUUCUAGGCUGGUUCCUGCCGCAGGGCCUUUGCUCUGCUGUUUUCACAGCUGUCCCUUGCAUUGCCCCUGCUCUUCAGACCUCGGGCUGAGUGGGGCCUUGGGGAGGGUCCACUUUGUGUAAUGGCUUUAUGCGUCCCAUGUAGCAUGCACUGCAUCGUCAUGGCCCUACUGUCCUGCAGUAGUCCAUGGACUGUCCCCGCCAGCCUGCACCAGGACUGAGGGAGGUUCGUUACUGACCUGCUCCUUGCCUUAGCCCUGGGGCCCAGGACUUGCCUGACACAGAGGAGGGGCUCAUGCGCAUUGUGGGGGACUGUCCUGAGGCUCCUGGCUACCAGAUGUCCUGCCUGAGCUUCCAUGUGCGGACACUAGGGGGGCGCUGAGGGCUCACUGAUUAAGAAACGCCAUGGACUUUUAAAUUAUAAAAGGCUUAAGCAGGUUUUCUUGUCUGUCCCCCCCCACACCCCCCAAUUCAGCAUCGUGUGUUCUGUGUAGACCACCUCGUUUUGGGAGGUUUGGGGACUCCCACCACCUGGACAAAAGCCGCUGUGCCCCUGACCGCUGGGGCUGGGCAGCUGCACUUGGGCACAUUUGGUAUUAGGCUGGUGUUUCUUUUUUAUUUUACUUUAGCUUUUCAAAAGAUUUUAUUUGUCGAAUGAGUGAGCAGGAGGGGGGAGGGGCAGAGAGAGAAAGAGAGGCCAGCAGACUCCUUGCUGAGCUUAGAGCCUGACCAGGGUUGCGGGGAGGGGUGGUGCUGGAUCCCAAAACCCUGAGAUCAUGACCUGAGCUGAAACCGAGUCAGGUGCUCAACGCACCGAGCCAUCCAGGCCCCCAGGCUGGCCUUUCUCCACCUCUAGCCCUGGGUGGUUGCCCCUGGGGAGCUUGGCUGAGUGGAUGCAGGGCAGGGGCAGUUGCACCGGGGUGGCCAGGACAGCCUCUCAGGCUUCUGGGCUGGGACCCUGAGCACCUGACCGAUGUCGGGGCUCUUGGUCCGGGGAUGUUCGAGCUGGAAUGGUCAGGGAUCUGAGUGACAGUGCUGGACUGAGGCCUGGCGGUCACUGUCCUGGGAGUCUACACAUCCUGAGGAGGUCAGGCGGCAUUGUGUCUGCACGGAGGGCCCCUUCACUGGUCCCGGCAGCUCCUGGGCCGUGCCACCUGCUCUUCCAGGGCCUCCUUACUUUCCGGGGCAGCUUGUGGCCGUCCCUGCGGGGGCAGCUGCCCACCCCACAUGCAGCGCGCAUGUCAGUGGUCUGAGUACUACCUGUUUCUGCUGGGACCGUGUCGGCGCCCAGUGCCCAGGACGGUGCUGGUGUCCUGCAGCGGAUCUCGGGCUGGCCUUCCGGGGCUGGUCUGAGUUGCUGUGGGUUCUCCUCUGGUGUGGAGGCCUCUCCCUGUUGGGGCUUGUACCAUGCUGAUCACGAGUCCAUGAGCACCUUGGGGACCGAGAGGCCAGGGCCGGGCUGCUUCAGGCUGUGCCCUCAAUAGCCCAACAAGGUUUUCCCGCAAACCAGUUGCUGGUUCGCUAAUUAAAACAUGGUUCUGGGUUCAUUUAUCACUUCAAUUACAGAAGCAACAUAAAGCUGAUUUUAAGACUUUCAGUGGAAAGUGCACGGGAAGAUGGGGAGGUGCCAACCCAGGGUCCAGCUGCUCUGGCGGGACCCGCGGUUCCCAGCCUUGGUGCCUGACUCUAACACCUGCUGCUCAUCCCUUCCAGCGCCCACACUGCCGUCCUGGGUGGUCUGGAGCAGCCGCUCACACCCCACCCCACUGGCUCCUGGGAGUGCCCGCGGUGGGCCUGCACAGGCCGUGCUCUCUGGUGCCUCUACCUGGCCACCCAGCCCACAGCCCUACCUCACUGCCUGUCCCCGCUUCGUUUGCCGCUGGGGAUGUUGUCACACCCUAGCUCGAGUGGGAGCUUUUAAGAAGCACGUUAUAUUUUCUAAGGUUUUGUUCAUUUAUAGCAGAGGGAUAACAAGAGGGGACACAAGCACAGGGGAGCUGGAGAGGGAGGGGAGAAGCGGGCCCCCCGCCAAGCAGGGAGCCUAGCACAGGUCUCCCUCCCAGGACCCUGGGACCGUGACCUGAGCCGAAGCAGACACUUAAUGACCGAGCCGCCCAGGCUGCCCAAAAGACCACCUUUUUUGGAGGGGCUCCUGAAUGACUCUGGGCCCAGCGUCCCGCUCUCCGUCUCAGCUCAGGUUGUGAGAUCGUGCUCUGCGGUGUCUGCUGGAGGCUCUCUUCCCCUGCCCGUCUCUGCACGUGCUCUCUCUGAAAUUAAAUAAGCAAAUCUUUAACAACCGGUUUUGGAAUUUCAGAUACACUAUUAAAGUAUGCUCUAUGCAAUA